AAACGAGUAGUCUCUCGAGUCUAUCGAGACCUUUUAAGAUAAUUGUCAGUAGAAAUUAUUUAAAGAUAUUUCAUCGAUUCGAUGGAUAGAAUGGUUCUAGUACUUCUGUUUUGGGUCCCACUAGCGUUUAGUUCAAACCUUUGUAACAACUGCACGAAGAAAGAGCUUUGGGUGGGAGCAUUUUCUACGGUCGAUACCUCUGGAGGCGGAUGGAACUCUGCUGGCGCUAUACCAGCUAUUGAAAUGGCUGUUGAAGAUGUAAACAAUAAUUCAAGUAUCCUUACGAACUAUAGUUUAAGGAUGAGUUGGAGAGAUACAAAGUGCAACCGAGGAUAUGGUGUUCGACAGCUGGUUGAUUUCAUCCAGCUACCACGUGAUAAAGCACCGAUAAUGCUGAUUGGUGGAGGCUGUUCAGUAGGAACAGAGGCAACAGCUGAAGCAUCUCAUUACUGGAACCUAGUACAGAUUGCAUACAGUGCCAACUCUAUGGCUCUAUCUGAUAGCAAAAUGUACCCUCUUCUAUACCGUACCUGCUACUCGGAAAGCAUCGGGAAUCCUGCCCGCAUUGCUCUCUUGAAAAAAUAUGAAUGGACAAAAGUGGCAACGAUGGUGCAAAACGAAGGACUCUUCACUCUGGUAAACUAUUACUGA